GAGACGAGAGACCAUCGGCCCCGGUGGCUGCUGUGUGAAGGUGAUCGCUGUGAGAGUCAUUGGCAAUUUUUUUAAUACAAAUUAACGAGUCAGUGAAAGGGCACAGGGGAGGAAGCGUGGACGUUACCCGGUGUGUGUGAAAUGCAGUUCCCGGUGGAUUUCUUGGUGGACACAUCUCACGAAGUCCUGGAGAGAACGGCCAGAUCGUACCUGGACAACCUACUCCACUGCCACCCAAACAACCCCGAAUACUUCAAGCUCCCCAAUGGCCGCAAGGUCCCGAUAACAGCAACUUCGGUUGGUUUUGUUUUGCUCUAUGGUGUAAGCUCCCAGCACAAGCUUCUUGCUUUGUUUUCUCCCGAAGAUGCAUUCACAGCUGUGGCGUUUUACCUGGACGAUGACUGGUGGGCAGUGGAAGAGAUUCUGAAGACAGCAGACCCCACCCGAAAUGGUAUCAUACAGGUUCGGAGUGUGGGUGAGCGCUUGGUUCUCUACACGCUCAAUCGCCUCGUGUACCGCACGCGGGAGAUGGAUGCUGCCGAGUGGACCUUCCUCUGCCACUCCCCCACCGAGCACGCGAAGCUGCUUUGGCAAGACGGUGAAGCCGUGGGCUUUUACAGCGUCAAGCCCACAGGGAGUCUCUGCACGAGCUUCGUGAGCCUCCACUAUAAGCUGCCCGUGCUGGACUCCAUGUUCGUGACGCGGAAAUGUCGCGGGCAACGCCUGGGCCUCCUCAUGCUGCAAGACUUCACACGGAGCUUCCCCGACGAUCAGCUGGGCCUCAAGUACCCAUUGCCUCCUGCCAUGUGCCGAGUGGUGGAAAGAUAUUUGCAGCAGUACCCGGAUGAGCUGGACCUACUGUGGGAGGUGCAGGCCCCUGGUGAUCCGUACCAGCGGGUGAAUGUGUGGAAGAAGCUGCAGAGUACGCCGAUCCCCCAGCAGAAGCCGAGGAGAGAGAACUGCACUGACAUCGCAGACACCCCAGUGGAGAGGCAAAGCGUGGCCAUACAAACAUCCGCAGAGGAGGUCAUGCAAGCACAUGCUCCUCCUUCGAAUGAUGGAGAUCAGCUGUUACAGAGCGAUGCAGACGAAGAGCUACCAGGAGAUGACAUCGAGAAACAGUCACCCUCCAGCAAUGAGGAAUCAUUAAUCUCCAAUGGUGCAGAUGACGAAGUCACAGCUGAAGACACAGGAGAAGAUCUGCCCACGGAGGACAAAGAGGUGGUUGUCAAAGAUGACGAAACGCCAACACUUGUUGAAGAUAAAGAGCAAUUGCCAACAGAUGACAACAAGGAGUUAACGCCGCUCGCAGAUGAUACGGAAAACGAGCCGCCCAUGAAAAAUGUCGCAGAAGAGAUGUCCUCUGAAGAUGAAGAGGAGGAGGAGGUGCAUAUGGAGGAAGCGGAAGAGGAAGAAGAACUGCCCAUUAGUGAUGGUGAUGCAAAGCCACUCAAUACUCCAGAGCAUAACAGCCAGGAAGGGUCUCCGUUGGGGUAUUCUAUUCCUGUGAUGGUGAUUCAAGAUGAAGAUGGAAAUAUGCUGAGUGAGGAGGAGGAAGAUGAGGAGUCAAUCUCAACGACACAAAAAUCAGCAACCAGAUCAAACCCAGCGCAGUCCGUCGACUCUGGGAUCGAGGAAACCCCGAUCGUUAUUAAGGAGAGAGAUGUGAAGCACAAACGGCUCCACUCGGAGGAGCUCUUCGUGUGUCUCUCCGAGGUGCUGGCAGGACAGGAGUCUCCCAAGAACAGCUCAAACGCCGGCAGAAAAUUAAAGCGAAUAAAGCUCGAACAGAAAGACGAGAACAAUCAGCAAGUUGAAAUCGAGAUCCACACGUCCGAUGUGGUGUUGGUGGAUGACUCUGAAGAGGAGGAUGAGGAGGAACCCAGUGACAUCGUGGCCCUGGGCCCAGGGGAGGUGGCAGCAUUAACAGAAAACGACGAAGGGCCGGCCGCUGCUCCAGGUGUGGAGACGGACCAUGUGGAGGGAGACUGCGUGCAGGGAGACACCAGCAACGCUGCUAUGGAUGCAAGUGGAUCAGACGAAGCAGCAGCGGAGCAAGACAACGGUGAAAAUAAACAAGUGGUCUCCACUCAGUCCAGCCAAACCCUUGCCAAUGAGAACAUAGACACCUCCGUUGCUGCCAACGUUCCUCCACCCACUGCUGAGCAACCUCAGCGAGACGGCGCUCUCAGCUACACGGAAGAUGACCCAACCCAGAAGGAAGCCUCAGAGGCAGAUGCAGAGGAGCAAAUAUCUAUCACCGAGGAGGAACAAGUGGCGAAUGAAGCUACCCCCACCAAUACUGAUGCUGCCUCCGACACCCCCGUCAAGGAGAAUAUCGUGAAGAAGAAGGCCAAGGCUGGAGAGAUGAGCUCCCCUGUCGUGGCUCUGCAGAAGCCAAACACCAGGAAUAAAUUUAAGAAUACCAGGUCAAGCAAAAAGCGUGGGAUGCUCAUGAGUGACUGAGAGAUUAUUUUGUGCACGGUGCCCAUUUUAGGUUGUGCUUAAAAUGUUAAAGUGUAAUAAUCUGUAAAAGGAUGCUGUACCUUUUGCCCUUUAUAUUGAACUAGAAUUUGUCAAAUGCAGACGUUUUAUUUUACCGGUAGUACUGAAGUGUUGCAAAACCAAUUGAUAGUUUAUACAAUUUAUUAUUUUUGUUGUCGUAUUGCCAUGUAACACUAACCUAGUGAGUUCCAUUUUGCAGCUUCACUUUUCCUUGUUACAGCUGUGCCAGCCUAAACAUUGCACAUUUGCAAAGGAUUGUAUAGGAGAGUAAAAGGAAUGGCGCCAGAGGGGGGGGGGGGGUCCCUUUACGUACAAGCUUUUGUUGGGUUUCAAUUAUUGCCUCUAAACAAAAAUGGUCAUAUUUUGAUCGUGGCUUUUUUUGGCUCAAAGUACAGCGAGGGGCAGUGUUAUGCAAACUGAUUAGAAGGUGAAGCUUUGCAGUCCAUUGGAAAUUUAUUAAUUUGCAUUUUUGCCAUGACCUCGCCUAGAAAUCUAGCAUUGAGCUGCUCAUGUGUAGGAUCAUAAAUCAUGUGUAGGAUAAUAAAUCAUGUGUAGGAUAAUUAAUCAUGUGUCUGCACAGUCGCCCUCCAAGAGUGAGGUCAGAUUCUCAGUAUUAGUCCAUGGGCCAGAGCAGGAAAACUUGAGUCGUACUUAUGUAUUCAUACGACGACUAAUAGUGAAUUAUUUGAUAACCCACUCAUUUUAAAUAGUCAUCACAAAAUCUACGUUAUUGGAACCACUAAAGCCAUGCCACCUCAAGUGGUACAAAUUAAAUAUCUCUUGCCUGGGUUCUUGGACUAAAUGGAACGACUGGUGUUCACUGUGCAAUUGUGCUCACCUCACUAACGUAAUGGCUAUUCAAUUUCUAACCUUAAAAUGGGAUUUGUUAAUGUAGAAUAUACUUAAAUGAUCAUCAGUACUGUAGUUUUGUCCUUCCCAGCAUUUCUAACAAAGCCGUCGUCUGAAUAUAUCACCUAUUGUGUCCAUCGUGUCUUGUGGUGGUCCUUAAAACGGUAAAGAACAUCACACGACAAAUUUCCUUUACAUAAAAGUGUUAUAAGAAUUUUUUAAAGUGUGAAUCCUUUGAGUUUAGAAUAAACAUUUACAAAUACUGUUUAAAACAUAAGGUGACAGUCCUACAGGUGUCUGUUGUAUAAUGGCGUACUAACAAUUUUUUAGUCCUGCUAGAAUUUAAUUGUACUCGCUGAGAUAUGGAUCAUAUGUUCACAGGAAGUAUUUUGGAUAGCAGAAAUCCUAAAAUUAGAACGGCAAGGCAUAUGCUUGGGUCUUUCGGUAAAGUCACGUAGAUAGGUUCAAAGAAAAUAAUAAAAAAAAAUCUACGUUUCGAUUGCAAUACAAGCGGUCGAAACGUCGUAGUUUUUUUGUUAUUUUCUUUGAACCUAUCUACGUGACUUUACCAAAAGACCCAAGCAUUUGAAUUUCUGCAGUCACAAAAGCUUUACGUCAAGAUAUAACGAUAAUGUUUCUCAACGAAGUCCAUAAGUCCUAAAUGUUUUAAGAUGAUCAACGUUUUCAUUGCUUUCAUUUAAAAUGCUUAAGACUUGGUAACCUACCAAUUUUACUGAUGAAAGUUUUUUUGUGAUAUACCGAGAUGCACAGCCAUUUCACAUUUCUGUACUCGCAUGGGGUUUUGUUUUUUCAGACAAAUAAAGAGAACAUGUCCAAGUA